AUGCAGGCAGUCAAAGUGCUUCAAUUUAUAUCUUUAUCAUUUUUGAUCACCAAUGUUGCCAAUGGAUUCAUCUUGGGUGGAGGAGGUUGUUGCUGCUGUUGUAAUAAUCGUCUCAAUCGACCUCUUCUGUCCCUAAACGGUGGCUUUGAUACCAGUUGUUUAUUUGGCGGUAUCCCAAUUCCAGUUGGUGGCCUAUUAAGUCCAUACGGUCCAUUUGGGGUACAAAUUCCGUACUGGAUGGGUGGUGCAACCAACUUCCGUGGACCAUGGAUAACAGAUCCAACUGUUCUGCGAACUGUCCUUUGUCGUCUUGUUAUGCCACCUUUACUUGGUAUUUGA